CUACAGAAACACAAAACACUGUUGCUGUAUGUAGGUUUUAUGUCAUUUGUUUUUUAUCUUAUAUUUUGGAAAUGUACAUCCAGUUGUUUUUUCCGCUUUAAUUUUUUCGGGGGGCCCUAAGAGAGUGGGGCCCUAAGCCAUAGCUUGUUUCGCUUAUACGUAAAGCCGGCACUGCACGGUGAGGCAGAGGCAAUAUUUCCGAAAUAAAAUAAAGAGCAACCUGGUCUCAUGUGUUCCUCCAAAGGUAUAUCAGGAAAAAACAUCUGCCGUCCCAAGAGAGGCUCGCAGCAGCAGCAGCUGGGGACAGGGGAUAAACAGAACCGGGAAUUAUUUGCAAAGGACCGUAUGCUGAUGGGUGCAGGGUCUGGGUGCCAGAGCCUUGCCACCCUUCCACCCCACAGCCGUGACCCCCUUCGGCUCCGACACAGCACCCUUGGGGCACAGCUUGCCUAACUGAAUUCUCCGCUGGAAGGUGGGUGCGAUUGGGUUUCCGGGCUCUGUGCCAAAGCCCGGCUCGCCUUACCUCUCUGCCAUUCCACCUGGAGGCCAGGGGCAUCAAUAAUUCAACCGGGGCGAUCGUCUCCCGUUGUCCAGGUGAGGGGGGGACGCAGGUGGGGGCCCCGAAUGCUGCGUAGGGCCAAGCGACCGAGCCGGGAAGGAUACGCAGAACGGCAAGGAGGGACGCCGAUGGAGAACGGUGUGUCCCGGGAAACCGGGGGCUCCCAGGCCUCGUCCUCUUCCUCCGAAGGGGGCCGGGGCACCCCGGGGCAGAGCGGGGGCACCCCGGCGCCCCGCCAGCCCCGCGUGAGACCCCGACUCAUCUUCCACACCCAGCUGGCCCACGGAAGCCCCACCGGAAAGAUUGAAGGGUUCACCAAUGUCAAGGAGUUGUACGCCAAAAUCGCAGAGGUCUUCGACAUCUCCCCCACAGAGAUCCUUUUCUGCACCCUGAACACUCACAAGGUGGACAUGCAGAAACUUCUCGGAGGCCAGAUAGGUCUGGAGGACUUCAUCUUCGCCCACAUCCGCGGCGAGACGAAGGAGGUGGAGGUGACGAAGACGGAGGAUGCUCUAGGUCUCACCAUCACAGAUAACGGGGCCGGAUGUGCUUUCAUCAAGCGCAUCAAAGAAGGCAGCAUUAUCAACCGCAUCCCGGUCGUGUGCGUCGGAGACAGCAUCGAGGCCAUCAACGACCAAACCAUCGUCGGGUGCCGCCACUACGAAGUUGCCAAGAUGUUGCGUGAAAUGCCGAAAGCCCAGCCCUUCACCCUACGCCUUGUGGAGCCUAAAAGGGCCUUUGACAUGAUCAGCCAGAGAACACGAAGCAACAAAGUGCCCAGCGAGGGGAAAGUGGCCAGCGGAAAGGAGACACUGCGGCUACGAGCCAAGAGCAGCGCCACGUUGGAGGAGGCACCCAGCGAGCGCGAGGAGGAAGCGGCCGGGAAAGUCGACGACCUCCUGGAGAGUUACAUGGGGAUCCGAGACGUGGAACUGGCCUCAAGCAUGGUGGAAAUGGCCAAGGGACGGCAGGGCUCCGAAGAUUUCGCCCGCGGCCUGGAUCUCCUUCUGGGCGAAUUUGCCUUCCCUGAGGAGUUUGUCGCUGAGGUCUGGAGAACCAUCUGCGAGGCCAAGGGCAGCCCCAAGUAGAGGCGAAGAUCUUCUGUCUCUCCAUCCUUAUCUCUCUUCCGCUAGGCUUCCUGCGCCUCUUAUCCCGGCCGGUUUUUUCAAGGUCUUUGGUUUCCAUCCAGACACACAAACACUGACACCCAAACUCGUUUUUCUCU